AUGGCGUCGUACCAGGUUCAACCGCCAGAAAAUUUCACCUUCACGAAACCUGAAGAGUGGCCGAAAUGGGUUAAACGGUUUGAGAAGUUUAGAGUUGUUUCAGGCCUAAGCAAGAAAGAUGAGGCAAUUCAGGUGAACACACUUAUAUACGCCUUGGGUAAUGAGGCCGAGGACAUUUUCAAUUCAUUUGGAUUAAAUGAGGAUGACGCCAAGAAAUAUGAAACGGUUAGUGACAAAUUUCAAGCACACUUCGUUUCACGUCGAAAUGUUAUUUUCGAAAGAGCCAAAUUUAACCAAAGAAAACAACAAGAAGGGGAGUCCGCAGACAGUUUUAUAACUGCACUUUAUACCGUAGUUGAACACUGUGAGUAUGGACAAUUGAAAGAUGAAAUGAUCCGAGAUAGAAUAGUUGUUGGCAUAAGAGACAGCAAAUUAUCAGAAAAACUUCAACUGAAUCCAGAUCUAAAGCUUGAAGAUGCCAUAAACCAAGCCCGUCAGAGAGAAGCUGUUCAAAAACAACAAGCUAUCGUUCGCAAUGAACUGAGUUCUUCGUCAGGAGGAGCAUCAAGUGUAGAUGUCGUCAGCAAUUUCAAGAAACAUGGACAAAGAAAGAAACACUCCUUUCAAUCGGGAAAAUCCAACAAAAAAGGGUUCACAAAACCAGCUAGUGGACACAAUAAUAAGGGUGCUAAACCAGUAUCCUGCCACAGAUGCGGAAAUUCGCAAGCUCACAGCAGAGAGGAAUGUCCCGCCAAAAAUCAGAAAUGCAACAAAUGCCAUAAAAUUGGACACUUUGCUCGAAAAUGUCAGAGUCUACACGAAAUUGCUAUUGAAUCAGAUGAAGAAUUCUUAGGGGCAAUACACGAAAAUGCAAAUUCCAGUGAAUGUAAACCAUGGCUGACAACUAUUGAAAUUAAUGGACAUGCAGUCGAAUUCAAAAUCGACACGGGUGCCGAUGUUACUGCUAUUCCGGAGAAAACUUUCAAUACAUUAAAUGUGAACAACCUUCAGUUAUCACAGAAAAUUCUGAAAGGUCCUGGCAGAAACACUUUAAACGUAAUUGGAAAGUUUCGUUGUGAAUUAUUUCAGGAAAACCGCAAAACUCAUCAAGACUUGUAUGUUAUUCGAGGCCUCAACAAACCACUUCUUGGGAGACCAGCUAUUGAGAAACUAGAAAUAGUCAAACAGAUUGCAAGUUUGCAGCUGCACUCUGAUUACAAGCAAAAAUUUCCUUCACUCUUUCAAGGACUUGGAAGAUUACAGGGGGAGUACGAGAUAAAGAUGAGAGAGGACGCGCAACCGUACGCAGUCACCGCACCAAGGAGAGUGGCCUUACCCUACCUUGAGAAAGUCAAAGAUGAGCUAAGUAGGAUGGAGAGCUCAGGAGUUAUCUCACCUGUAGAUGAGCCUACGGACUGGUGCUCAGGUCUUGUGGUGAUCCCAAAGAAAAACAACUGUGUUAGACUUUGUAUUGACCUGACACAACUCAACAAGUGGGUCAGAAGGGAGAAUUUCCAAUUACCAAGCACAGAGGAGACCCUCAACAGACUCACAGGAGCCAAAGUUUUUUCAAAGUUAGAUGCUAACAGUGGAUUUUGGCAAAUACCUCUAGAUCCAGCAUCUAGACUUUUGACCACAUUUAUUACACCAUUUGGGCGAUAUUGUUUCAACAGACUACCGUUUGGUAUCUCAUCAGCCCCGGAGUACUUCCAGAAAAGGAUGCAGAUGAUUCUAGCUGGGUUUGAGGGAGUCUUAUGUCAGAUGGACGACAUACUUGUGUUUGGAGCCACCCAAGAGGAACAUGAUGGCAGGCUAGAAAACGUGUUGAGAAAGCUGUGUGAAGCAGGCAUAACUCUUAACAGUGCAAAGUGUGAGUUCUCAAAGGACCAAAUCACCUUUGUAGGACAUGUCAUAGACCAAAAUGGGAUUCAACCUGAUCCGAAGAAGGUGUCAGCAGUCAAAAACUAUGAAGCACCGCAAAAUGUGACAGACGUUCGACGCUUCUUAGGAAUGGUGAAUCAGCUCGGACGAUUUACUCCUAAUCUGGCAGAGCAUAGCAAACUGUUGCGUGACUUGCUACACAAGGACAACGAAUUUACAUGGGGACCUCCACAGGAGCAAGCUUUCAGCAAGAUUAAAGAAGAACUGAGUAAUGAGACAGUUCUCGCUCUGUAUGAUCCAAAAGAUCCAACAAAAGUGUCGGCAGAUGCGUCGUCAUAUGGAUUAGGAGCCGUACUUCUCCAAGCGACAGACAGCAGCAGCAAUCAUUGGAAGCCAAUUGCUUAUGCGUCACGAUCCAUGGGCCCAACCGAGCAACAAUACGCACAAGUAGAGAAAGAAGCACUUGCUGUGACGUGGGCUUGUGAGAAAUUCUCAGAUUUCCUGAUUGGCAUGAAAUUUAACAUAGAGACAUACCAUAAACCCCUGAUAUCUCUACUGGGAUCGAAAGCUAUUUCUGAUCUACCACCAAGGAUACAGCGUUUCCGCAUGCGACUCAUGAGAUAUGAGUAUGAGAUAUACCAUGUUCCUGGUAAAAAUCUUUACACAGCUGAUGCACUCUCUAGAGCACCGCAGCAAGAGAUGUCAAAAGAAGAGGAGGAGUUCCAGACGGUGAUGGAAGCAUACGUAGACUCCAUCAUAGAAACUCUUCCAGCAAGCGAGUCGCUACUAGAAGAAAUACGACGAAAACUACAUGAGGAUAGCGUGUUACGCAUUGUCAUGCGGUACUGUGAGGAGGGUUGGCCAGGAUUUGAAAAGCCACCGAUCAACAUUGUCACUCUUCCAUUUUGGCAGAUAAGAGAAAAACUCUCAGUCUGUCAAGGCUUACUUAUGAGAGGAAAUCGACUCGUUAUUCCUACAGCUCUAAGAGCUGACAUGUUGCAGAGAAUCCAUGAAGGACAUCAAGGAAUACUGAAGUGUCGGGAACGAGUCAGAAAUUCUAUUUGGUGGCCAGGGAUUAAUCGUGAAACCGAGGACCUAGUGAAAAGCUGUUCUGUCUGUGUGAAAAACAGACCAGAUCACGCAGAGCCUUUACGACCAACCAAAUUUCCAGACAGGCCAUGGAAGAUGUUAGCAACAGACCUAUUUCACCUGAAAAUUGACAAUUAUCUACUCGUCGUUGACUAUUUUUCCCGCUAUGUUGAAAUAGCAAAGUUGGAAAGCACCACAUCACAGAUCAUAAUAAAUCAUCUUAAAUCGAUGUUCGCUAGGCAUGGUAUACCGGACACAUUGGUGUCUGACAAUGGACCACAAUAUGCCAGCUCAGUUUUCCAGACCUUCUCCAGGAAUUACGGAUUCCGUCUCCAAACUAGUAGUCCUCACUAUUCACAAGGAAAUGGUGAAGCCGAACGUGCUGUGCAGACAGUAAAACGUUUACUAAGAAAUGCGACAGACUCGUACCUUGCAUUGCUUGCAUACAGAGCAACUCCAUUGAAGAAUGGAUGCAGCCCAGCUGAACUUUUAAUGGGGAGAAAACUCAGGACCACUUUGCCAGAAAAUCCGAGAAACUAUUACCCAAAAUGGCCAGACUUAGGAAAAGUACGUCAUCUAGAGGAACAAUCCCGUCAGAACCAAAAACUUAACUUUGAUUUCGCAAAGAAAGCAAGACCUUUAUCUCUGUUGAAAGCUGGAGAAACAGUAUGGGUGAAGGGAGAAGGAGGAGGAACGACCGGAACAGUGGUAACCAGGACACAACAGAGUGACCGCUCUUACAUCAUUGAGACACCCAAAGGAUCGAUUCGCAGGAACCGUCGUCACUUAGCACCAGCAAGCAUGUUGAAGGAUGAAGUAUUCGCGAGUGACACAUUUGACCAAGAUAUGGACAUUCGUAACAAUGUGAAUCCUGUGAGUGAAAAUGCGCGUAACAAGACCAGUGAAACAGUGUCGCACACUACCCGAAACCAAGUCGCGACAAAGUCUGUGAACGAGAAACUUACCUGUGUUGAUCAAAACACAUCGCGCAUCACCAGAUCUGGUAGAGUGUCAAAGCUGAUCGAGAGACUGAAUUUGUGA